AUGAGCGCCAACCCCGCGACCGCCUUCAUGGCGCCGGCGUGCGCGACCGUCGGCCACCAGUUCUCGGCCCCGUUUCCGGCCAUGCGCCUGGGGAACGAGGGGUCGACGACGACGGGCGCCAACCAUGGACGCAAACGCAGAAAUGACGCUUUCAUCGACCAGAGACCGGCGAGCAAACCGGCCGUGAUGCCGCAGCCCGACUACGGGCUGCAGCCUUCCGCUGGCCACUCCCACCACUCGGCCGGGGCGCAGAGCCAGCACGGUCACGGCGACGGCCUUCACAGGCACGUCCUGACCAGGCAAGGAGUUCAGGCAGCACAAGCAUGGCAAGUUCCCGUGGCCAACCAGGACCUCCCGGACCACACCGCUGCCCACCUCCCUGCGCCCUACGCCGCCCACGCGGACGACCAGGCCCCCGGCCGGAUCGCCUGCGACCUCUCCUUCAUCGGGGGCAAGUACUCCAACGGCGCACUCGCCGAAACCAACGUCACCUCGCCCGCGCGGUGCGGCUUCCCCCCGGCAGCGGCCUUCUCCGACGCGUUCACGCGCCCGGCGUCCGCCGCGUCGACCAGCUACUUCGCCAACCCGUCGAGCGACUCCAUCCUCAGCAUCCAGGACCCCUCCCCGGACAGCACCGGCUCCGCCGUGGACGCACCGCUCUGCACUGCCCCGCAGCUGGCGCACCUCGCAGCGGCCUCGGCUCACGCCCAGGCCCCCGCGCCCCAGAACUACCUCGCUUCCCUCGCGCCGGCCGGGGCGCCCCACAGCUACCCCGGGGCGCCCCCGGCCGCCCACGCGUGGCCCCAGCAGCACCAGCAGCAGCAGCAGCACGUGCCCAGCCUCCACGCCGUCGGCUCCUCCACGGGCCUCUGCUACGAGCAGGCGCAGCAGCAGCACUCCGAGCACUCCACGCAGCUCCACGACGGGUCGCAGAACGACCUCACCGCGUGCGGGAACGCGCCGGCGGACGCCGCGGCGACGGCGACGGGCCUCACCAUGAUGUCGGCGCUCAAGUGCCUGCACCUGCAGCCGCAGCAGGCCGCCGGGGGCGCCCCGCAGCACCUCCCGGCGCAGCAGCUGUGGCAGGCCGCGCAGCCCGGCGCCGCGUGGCCGCCCGCGAACGCCAUGUGGUACCGCCCGCACGUGCCCGCGCCGGCCGCCGGGCGGCUGCUCCAGGGCAGCCAGCUCCUCGAGCCGUCGUGCGCCGCGCCCGCGGUGUCCGUGCAGCAACCGCCCGCGCCGCCCGCGCCGGCCGUGGCCACCUCGGCCGCCAGCGACGCCGCCGCCGCCGCUGCUGCGACGCCCUCGCGCAGCGGCAUCCGCGCGUACCACCUGAACACGGAGAAGAACCUGCUGCUCGUGACGCCGAACUACACGCGCCACGUGCAGUCGCUCGUCGCGUCGUGGGCGGUCCUCGCGCGCGUCACGGCCCGCGCGACGGUCACGCGCGCCGUGCGGCUCUGGCGCGAAGUGCUGCCGAAGCUGUCGCUCCAGCGCUGCGUCGAGAUCGACCCGGAGCAGCCCGUCGUCGCCGUGCUCGCGGCGUGCUUCUGGACGGCGUGCAAGCUCGAGGAGCCCCGCAAACACCAGAUCAAGGGCGCCGCGCUGGCGCAGCUCGUCGGCGUCCGCGGCACCUCGGCGAUCCCGCGCGCGGAGCUGUACAUUAUGGACCUGCUCGACUGGAAGCCGCUGCUCGGGUCGCUCCCGGACCGGGAGGCGCCCGCGAAGAGCGACGCGUGA